UUUCUGACACUCGACAUUACUUCCUUCAAUAUAAUACGGUUUUUAAUGUUAUUGAUGUUGUAAUAUUACUCUGUUGUGAAAAUAUAAUUAACAUGGUUUUCAUCAGCAAAUAAUGCAUAGUUAGUGAAUUAAUCAUAAAAUACGCCGUCUGUCGUGUUACUUUCGCUUUGUGUGUGCAGAUUUGUUUUGAUUUCAUUAAAGGGCCAUUGUCAUGAUUGUGGCAUUGACACCGACAGAUGUAAAUUGAUUGAAAACGACAUUUCAUAAUCAUAAUGAAUUGUUUACCUCUAUUUUUUAUUAUGGAACUGUAUGUAGUGUAAAAAUGGCAAGUAUGAAUUCAAGUGCAAAGAGUCGCACAAACUCACUUGGUUCAGCAGGAUCCAGAGGAUCGCGAACUCCACCAAAUAGUGCUGGUAAAAAACCUGUAUCUGGUCAGACAAAGACUAAAUCAGACAGACCUCCAAAAUCUUCAAGACCCUCCGAUCGGUUGAAUCCAAAAACUGUUGAUCAUUUUAGUAAGUCGAAAGAUCUGUCGGCGUUUGCAUCAGUUUAUUCCAAUGGUGGGAUUCCUUGUAGGUUGGUUCACGGCAGUGUUAAACACAAGAUAGCCUGGGACACAAGUCCAGAGAUGAUUCAUUUCGAUCCAGUUUUGGUCACGCUAGCAGAGGGUCUGAGGGAGACGGUGCACCCAUACAUGUUUGUGUCGUGUACCGGCUUCAAAGAAUUGCUGGAGUCUCACGGAGCACAGCAGAAAGCCAUUCCACUCUUACCCAAGCUCGUCCCGCCGGUCCGUGCUGCCCUGACUCACCCUGAUGCCGGUGUAUUUGAGCGAGGACUCAACGCACUUGUACAACUCAGUGAUGUGGUUGGGCCUGCCUUGAACCCUUAUUUAAAAACACUACUCAUGUCUUUAUCAAAACGAAUGAUGGAAAAAACAUUCAAAGAGAAGGGAACAGAUGCUUUACAUAGACUGGAACAAAAUGGAGGAAAGGAAGUAUGUGUUGUUAUUAAGCUCAAAGUUCCAACAUACAGUUCCAUAUAUGGAUAGACAUCACCAAAACAUCAGCAUCAACACAACUCUCGUCAACUGGGAAUAUUUUGUUCAGUAUCUCAUGCAAGUUUCAGAAAUGACUACACACUUUAAAAAUGUUAAUAGUAGUUGCUAAUCAAUUGCAGCUAUUAUAAAAACAAACUGAAACCAAAAUGAUCCCUGUUGAACAGAUUCCAAUAUGGAGGCGUUUCCUGCUGUUCAGAUUCAGUGAAUCUUCAUUACAGAUACUGUUUUCCAGAGAACUAGUGAUGAUGUGUCCAGUGAACUGAUGUUGUGUUCAGUGGCUCCAUUUUGUGAUCUCCCAGAUCAACGUUCGUUUGUUGUUUAAUUUAUUUUCGUGUUUGCCUGCAGUUAAGGUUAAAGCACACUGCCAGGGGCACACCCCUCAGAUAUGUGGGCUGUUUGUCCAGUACUGGGGUUAAUUGUGAGUGGUUAGUGACAGAGUCUAUGAAACUCACACUGGAUUGGAGCCAGUACUGGGAUGUGAACCCAGUAUCUACCAGUCUUGAAUCCGAUGGUGUAACCAUUACGUCACGGACUGGUUUAAAUCACCACGGCAUAUGUAUGUACACAUGUAAGCCGACAGUCGACCAUCAGAUCAAGUAAUCAACUAGGACACUUGGUGCAUUUAAUGAACCAGUAGUAUUGGAGGUGUUUUCACCGACCCAAUGGGAUAUACCGAUGUGUCGGGAGAGCCAAUAGUAAUCGAGAUGUACUGUGUUCAAAGAAUCCAUCACAGUCGACUGUUUUUGAAGAAUGAAUAGUAUUAAUUAAUGAGGUACAGUGUGCACCGACUUGUCAGGAUUGAUUUUGGCUGUGAAGCAGAUGUGAUUAGCCUACUGUGUUGCCAUGGUGACAGUAUUGCUGUGAUAUUGUACAAUUCGUAGAUUGUGCCUUUUGACAGAUGUGUGAAUGAACUCUCCACCCCCUUACUCCUCUUUGGAUUUUGUUCUAGAUGAUGUUUCUAGCAAAAGAUGUGGGAACCUCAAAUGGUCGUGGGCAUAUAAAUGUCUUUUCAACGUAACAUGAAUGCUAAUGCUGAAGGGAAAGAAUAUAUACCCACCAUAGGAAUAGGAAGCAGAGGUCUCAUUGGAAGAUUUCAAUCACUGCAUGGAUGUUGGGAUGUGCAGACCAGUGUAUUGAAAUAGAGGGGUGGAGGGACAUACCAUUGGUGAGAGAUCAGGUUAAGUAUUCAUGAAAAGAAAAUGAUCCCAGUUUCAGUUUUUUUCAGUUUUCCAUCGUAGAUGUGGAUUCUUUACAGAAGGAGCGAGGAAUCUUUUUAUGGCAACAUGCUCAUUUCAUCUAUAAAAUAGAUGUCUCCCUUCCUUCCAUCAAUUUGGUAAUACCAAAUCAACUUUUAUUGAUACCGUACAUUAACAUUGGCCAGUAAUUUGACAUAAUUUAUGUUACAAUUUCAGUCCCCCACAGUUUGCCAAUGCAGUGCAGUAUUUCCCCAUGACCAAAUAUUUCGGUCUCUGUAGUUUUAUUUCACGUUUUAUAUUAAUUUUUUUUUAAUGAUUUGUCUAUUUUAUAUUUGUAUUUACUUCUGUAAAAGCCAUAGAACAUAGAUGUAAAUAAAUAUAAAAUAGACCAACCAUUAAAAAAUAAAUAUAAAACAUGAAAUAUUUGGUCUAUAUGUCCCCAUUCAGUUUAAUAGUUCCGUUUUCAUGCCCCAUAUCGAAUGGAUUCAAGGGUGUAUAAUAUCUCUUUGAUCUGUUUACAGUGUGUGAUUUUGACUGGAUUGCUUUGAGGGCCGUUUCAUAUCGGGUCUUGUUUUGUCCCGCCCAGAACACAACCUUUUAAGUGCAAAUGUCUGAAGAUUUAAAAUACAAAAUUAAUUAAAAUUAGUUCCACUUAAUUACUAUUACCUGUGGAUCUAACAGAACACCGUUGGAGCUCAUGUCCAGUUGAUCUUUCAUUCGACCAAUCAAAACCUUUCUUAAAAAAUCAUGCCAGCGAUUUGAAAACAUUUGGGCUUAUGCCGAGGGUAUACGAAAUGAUUCGGUGAAUUACAAAGUAUGCCGGAAACUAAUUUCAAUAUAAAAGUUUAUAUAAAAUUAGUUUCAAGACUGAAAAAAAUUAGUGAUGGUAUAGCCGUAAAAUCUGUUUAUACUAAUAUACAAUCCAGAGUUUAUUAUUGCACCUCCCCCACCCCCCACCCCCCCAAUGUGCCUAUAAUUUGUAUCAUAGAAGAGUUAUCAUCAGUUUCUUUGCUUACAUCCACUUUCAAGAUUCACUCUUUCCAUUUGUUUUAAUACAUGCAUAUCAAAGAGUCGACCAUCAUUUGCCGACAAGCUACAUGUAAUUUGACUAUUAUCAAACACAUUACAUUUACAGAAUGGCGAUCUGUAUGUUCAACCAUAAACUCUACAGUGUGUCAUUUCAAAUAGUUGUAUCUCUGUAUAUAGUGGAUUUAUAAUUUGAUUCUUUAUAAGCUCCAACAGAAACACUAUUUUGAAAUAAUCCAGAUUGUUAGUGUUAAAUUAAUGAUGAUCAGAUGUUCUUUCCAACAUAACAUUGCCUAAAUUGGGUCAUCCAAGGGCAUAGUUGUAGUUUUGCUAGUUGGUAACCUUUAUUUAGGAACAUCUAUGGCUAGUAAAACGUUAUAUGUUGGUGUUCUUUGUACAUUAAUGAAGUGAAUGAUCUCCUUCAAUGAAAAACUGUUCAGUUCUGUUUGAUUUUUAUGUAUAUGUUUCUAUACUUUAAGGUUUUUAUGUGAAGUAACAAAAUACAAAAUGUUUAAAACUACAUAAAAGCUGUGCUUAAACGG